AAACCCAGCACAAUGAUCCCAGUUCCGGACCGAAGAGAUAAAAUAAAUUUAGCUUAUUUACGUCAGCUCAUUUGAAAUUGUAGGUUAGGUGAAUCUAUUUUCGUCCAAAAUUCAAGAAUGUAGAUAAAAAUUAGCCCCCGAAAUGGUGCAAAUAAUGCUAAUUAUCGCCGCCGCCCAUUUGGUAUACUGCCCAUUUACCAAAGUGGAGGAAAGCUUCAAUUUACAGGCCAUGCACGAUAUUUUGUACCACAAGUGGAACCUGUCUCAGUACGACCAUUUGGAGUUCCCCGGAGUGGUGCCGCGGACGUUCAUCGGCCCCUUGUUCAUUUCGAUUUUGGUGGCCCCCAUAGUCUCGCUUUUGCAGUUGUUCGAAAUUAACAAAUUUUGGGCGCAAUAUAUCGUGCGGUUUGCUUUGGGGGGCUGCGUUAUCGCCGCUUUCCACGUCCUGUCCCGCACUUUGGCCAAGAUUUUCGGGCCGAAGUGGCAGCUGUGGUUCAUGGCAGUGACGGUGACCCAGAGCCACUUUAUGUUUUACUUGAGCCGGCCCUUGCCCAACAUUUUCGCACUGCCGCUGGUGCUCCUUGCGUUGAAUAGUUGGCUCAAAGGCGACAGCAAACAAUUUAUUUUGCUUUCGGGGGCCGCUAUUAUCAUAUUCAGGGCCGAACUGGCCCUCUUCCUCGGCCUACUCCUACUGUACGAUUUGAUCAAUAAACGAAUCACUUUGAAACGGUUUUUCCAAGUGGCGCUUCCGGCCGGUGUCGCAUUCUUGCUACUUUCGGUCGUUGUUGACUCGAUUUUUUGGAACAGGCCGCUGUGGCCGGAAGGAGAAGUGUUAUGGUACAACACCGUCCUGAACAAGAGCUCAAAUUGGGGCACAUCGCCGUUUUUCUGGUAUUUUUACUCGGCGAUUCCGCGAGGAAUGGCAACUUCAGUAUUUCUAAUCCCACUGGGAUUGUAUUUCGACGAACGUGUCCGAAAAUUAUGUGUUCCCACGCUUUUAUUCGUUUUCUUAUUCUCGUUUUUGCCCCACAAAGAACUCAGAUUCAUUAUCUACGUUUUCCCGUUCCUCAACGCCACAGCAGCGACGGCUUGCCACCGAAUAUGGGAAAAUCGGAACAAGAGCCCCAUUUACCACUUGUUAUCGCUGGGCGUUUGCGGCCAUUUGGCCGUGAACGUGUUUUUCACUUUGUUUCUAUUGAGCAUUUCUGGGACGAAUUAUCCGGGAGGGACCGCAAUUUCGCACUUGCAUCGACUUGCCAAAGACGAAGCCAAUGUUUCGGUUCAUAUCGCAAAUCUAGCGGCACAAACCGGUGUCUCACGUUUUACGCAAAUCAAUCCGAAUUGGACUUAUAGCAAAGUUGAGGGUGUUAUGGCUGGGGCCCCCGAAAUGUACGAGUAUACGCAUUUAAUUGCCGAAGCCAGAAGUAAAUUUUCGCCAAAUUUGAAACCUUAUGCUUCCACACACGACAUUAUUGAUACAAUCGAGGCGUUUCAUCAAUUGUCCUUUAAUUAUCUUACAAUUCCCCCGAUUAAAAUUAAGACAAGGCCUGUCUUGUUUAUAUUGAAGCGAAGGGAGAAUUAUCGCGAGUUUUUGCAAAUGAGGAAUUACGAUUUUGAGGACGGAAUGCUUGAAGAAACAAUAAUUGAAGACGAGAGUCAAGAAGAGGAAAAAAUUCAAGAAGCUGAAUCGGAACAAAACGUGACAAUUGACGAAGUCAUUGUGCCCAAAAACGAAGAAACAAAUGUGACAAACACAACCAGCUUCGAAGAUGUGAAAAACGAGACCAAAUCAGAAGUGGUAAAGAAACAAUCAAAGCCAAUAAACGUGACGAAAAAAUUGAAGCCGGUUGAGGACAAGCCCCUCAACAGCACCGAAGAAAGACAGACUGUGCGGCGAAACAUCAAAAAAUUGAUUCAGAAGUACAGGAGGAAAAAGGAAAGUGACGGCGAACUCGAGUCGAAGCCCAAAGACACGAUCAAGAAAAUCAUCGAAGAAGAGAAAAUGAAGCAAGCGGAGGAAGAAUUGAGCAAAAUCCAGCAACAGAUCUUCGAUAUUAUCGAAACGAACCCAAACAUCAUCAACAAGAAGUUGAUUAAGCAGCGAUUGCGCGAAACAAUCACUAGCGAAUUUAUGAACGUGAAAAAACUGAAGAGAGUCAAGGCGAAGCCGAGGCAAGUGGACGACAGUGCUGUAGAUUUCUACGAACCGCCACAAGACGAAGUCAAAGAACCAACCCCCGAAAUUGAAGAUGAAGAAAAAUUGAACCAAAUGUCGGAACGGUUUCUGGAGGCGAGCAAGAAAAUUGCCGAUAUUAUGACAAUCAUUGAUGAAAUUGUUGACACGAUGGAGAUUUCGGAGGAUAGUGAGGAGGUUUGAAAUGUAAAGAAAUGUUUGUUUAAAUAAAUUUUAUUGUUGGAAUUUA